ACAGUCGUGCAGGCAACCAAAAUUACUUCCCCGUCGCUUGCAUAUUUGCGUUUUUAACGGAAAUUUAUCCACUAUAUUAUGUGGUUUUCAUUUCUAAAGUGUGAUCAACUCUUUUAUUAACCGACUUUUGAACUCUUGGGCAGCUAGCCAACUUCACCUCAUGGAUUUGAUUUAUCCAAACUGCAUAAACGCACCAUCUUUCUCCUCUAAGAAUCACAGAAAUGUACGCCCACGUUCCCAAAUCUUACACUCAAUGCUCCAAAGAAGCAAUAAAUUGUCGCCGAUUAGAGUUUCGAAUCUCGCAGCCGCUUCCACAGCUGAAAAUUCCAGAAAUGGAACCGCCGCAACCAGUAGGAAUAAUAGGAGCUUAGCGACUAUGACGGAGACAGACAACAAAGCAUCUUUACAGUUGAAAGGAAUGUCUAGCGCCGCCAUGGAGCAGCUUGACAUCGAGCGCGGAGUCUGUGUGCCCUUCCGCAAGUACUCUCCCGAGACAGUGAGGAAUAUGGUGUUGGAAUCUAGAGGUUCGGUAUUGUCUCUAAUAUCACGCGGAGUAGAGAUAGUCUGGAAUUUAGGAUUCUACUGGUCUACCUUGAUGUAUGAUUUCUUGGUUGGAAGGGAUAAAGAGGUCGUUCCAUAUCGUGCUCGUCAGCUCAGGAACCUCUUGUGUGAUCUAGGGCCUUCCUUUAUCAAAGCUGGGCAGGUUCUUGCCAACAGACCUGAUAUCAUUAGAGAAGAUUACAUGAAUGAGCUCUGCAUUCUUCAAGAUGAUGUUCCUCCUUUCCCCAAUCAGGUCGCUUUCAAGAUUAUAGAAGAGGAAUUGGGCCAACCUCUUGAAGCUGUAUUCAGUAAAAUUUCCGCACAAACAAUAGCAGCUGCAAGCUUGGGCCAAGUUUACCGAGCUACCUUACGGGAUACUGGCGAGGACGUUGCAAUAAAGGUGCAAAGGCCUGAGAUAGAGCCCAUAAUCUACCGGGAUCUUUUUCUUUUUAGAACUCUGGCUUCAUUCCUAAAUGGCAUCAGCUUACAGAAGCUGGGAUGCAAUGCUGAGCUGAUAGUUGAUGAAUUUGGUGAGAAACUUCUGGAGGAGCUCGAUUAUACCUUGGAAGCACGGAAUAUUGAAGAUUUUCUGGAAAACUUCAAAGAUGAUCCUACAGUUAAAAUUCCUCUGGUUUACAAAAGGCUUUCUGGUUCACGUGUUUUAGUGAUGGAAUGGAUAGAUGGUAUUCGGUGCACAGAUCCACAGGCUAUCAAGGAAGCUGGCAUUGAUGUAAAUGGAUUUUUAACAGUUGGGGUGAGUGCUGCUCUGCGGCAAUUGCUAGAAUUUGGAUUAUUUCAUGGAGAUCCACAUCCUGGAAACAUUUUUGCUAUGCGCGAUGGACGAAUUGCAUAUGUGGACUUUGGGAAUGUUGCUGUGCUUAGUCAGCAAAAUAAGCAGAUACUGAUCGACGCAGUUGUGCAUGCCGUAAAUGAAGACUAUGCUGAGAUGGCAAAUGAUUUCACUAGGCUGGGCUUCUUGGCUAGUGGAACUGAUGUCUCUCCUAUCAUUCCAGCUUUGGAAGCAAUUUGGCAGAACUCAGUUGGGAAAGGACUUUCAGAUUUUAAUUUCAGAAGUGUCACAGGGAAAUUUAAUCAGUUAGUUUACAAUUAUCCCAUCCGCAUACCAGAGCGAUUUUCCCUUGUUAUCCGUUCUCUGUUGACUCAGGAGGGCAUCUGUUUCACCCUGAAGCCAGAUUUUAAAUUUCUUGAGGUUGCUUACCCAUAUGUGGCUAAGCGCCUACUAACAGACCCAAAUCCAGCUCUGCGUGAACGGCUCAUACAGGUUCUGUUUAAAGAUGGCGUUUUCCAGUGGAAACGGCUUGAAAACCUAAUUAGUCUUGCAAAAGAAAAUGUAGCCAGGAUGAGCAGCAACCCUGCAUUGCAAGGAAACAACAUAGAAAGUUCAAGAAGCUUACGAGUUUUAAAGAAGCUAGAUCUGACAGACACUAUUAAAGAUGGAGCUCGUCUUUUCUUUACUGAUGAAGGAAUUCGUAGACAGCUGCUUUUGGCUCUGACUGAAGAUUCAAAGCUUCACAUUGAAGAGCUUGUAGACGUUUAUAGACUUGUUGAAGAUGAAAUAGAUAUACCCUCGGUAGCUGUGGAAGUUGUAAGAGACAUUCCAACUGUUAUUCGGGAUCUCAUGCUUUCAUGGAGUGACAAGGUCUUGUACGACAGAUGAUUAAAGCUCGAUAAAUCAACAAAAAAAAAAUAAAAAUACCAAGUAGACCGUUGGUUGAACUAAAUUAUACAUCCGACACAGUCUUAUACCAUUUUUUUCCCUUUGGAGAGUAAUUUUUUCUUUUUCAAAGUUGUAAAUGUCAAGUGGUGGAUAUGUAAUGAUUUUUUGGUUGUAUAGAAGGAACGGUCAAAUGAAAAAUGUAACAGGUGUAUAGAUGUAUUUUGGCACAUUCUGGGCGCUUCUGUUCGUGCGAGCUCUGUUCCACUCAUUUCUGUCACCGUGACAUUAACUCCGUCUGAGUCUGACCCUAUCUAUUUAUCGGAAAGUCA